UUUUGAGUGGAAGGACAGAAAAUGUUGUUGUAUGAUCCAAUCUGAAUAUAAUGAGACGACAUUUGUGAUUUCGGAAGAACCAAUUAUUGAUGAAGAUAAAAAGAAAUGCAACAAUAGAAAAGAUAAUGGCGCUGCAAACAUAAGGUGUGUAGUGCAUGUGUUGGAAGAUAAAGAGGCUGAGUUUAAUAAAAGAAGGGGUGAAGCUGCAAAUG